AUGUGGUCCGUAGUGUGGGCAGCCGUGCGUUCCAAGGCCCCGUACGUCACCUUCCCGGUGGCCUUCGUGGUGGGGCUCGUGGGCUACCACUUGGAGUGGUUCCUCCGCGGCGACCCCCAGCCCGCGGCCGAGGAGAAGAGCAUCUCGGAGCAGCGGGAGGACCGCAAGCUGCAGGAGAUCGCGGGCAAGGACCUGACCAAGGUGGUGAGCCUGAAGGACAAGCUGGAGUUCGCCCCUCGGGCCGUGCUGAACAGGAACCGCCCGGAAAAGAGUUAAUAAAGUUGUUCGGGCAAAAGAAGUGCCCUGGAGCGACUGUCCUGGGGUUGGGGGCUGGGAGGACACAGCCCUGCAGCACCUUACUGUGGAUUUCUCCUGUACCUGGGCAAUAUGCUGUGCCCACUGCUGCUCUUCACCCUCCCAGUGCCCUCUGAAAGGUCAAGGUUUUCUCACCCUGCAGAUGCACUCAAGACAGCACCCAGACCUCUGCAUCGUGGCAGAGCAGGCAGGGCGCUGUGCUCUGGAGAUGGAGCGUGUUUGACACUCAGCAACUCAGCCUGUCCCAGCCCUUGAACCACGAAACCUUCCUGUCCUGGUUCCACCCAUGUCUCUUUAGGUUUGGUUUCUUCCACGGUGUGAAGACAGAAGAAACCUGGACCUGAGUGUUAGGAGGUUGGGAUGAGGCUAACCACCUGCAGCAGGAGGAUCUGAUGUCCUGCAUGCAGCUCUCCUGUGGCUCCUUGUGACUUCCAGCCACAGGACCACUCUGCUGUGUUACACCUGUGGGAGCCUGAACAGUGGUGGAGGUUUCUGGGGAACCCUCUGCAUCAUCCCCAGGCUUCACAGUGAGGAGGGGGGAUGGAGAAAGGGGGAUGGAGGGAGCUGAAGUCCUGGUCCUGCUUUGUCACGGAGCUCUGAGCAUGGUGAUGGCUUCAGCCUGGUGCACAGAGAGUGGGGACGUACCUGCCCUGUGUGGAAAC